CUAUCACGUGGUAACAUAUCAUGUGACAUCGACGCCCGUGUCUCCAUUCUCUCGCAAAUCAGCUGGCGGGAUAAUAGAGCAGUUUGCAGUAUUUGCUGUCGAUUGACGAGACCGUGUACCAGCUUCAGUAGUCUGUCUUACGCAUACAAAGAACUUGAUUACGCUGUUUCAUCAAAAACAUGACAGGCCAUGUGUCUGUUACGUCCAGGACUUCUCAAGCGACCCUUGUAAGACCCUCAGCUUGGCAGCAGUUUACAGAUUUUGCAAAUGUUCUGAAGGCUUUUAUAGGAACAAGCUAUUUGGCAUUACCAUUUGCUUUUUAUCAGAGUGGAUUAGUGCUUGGAGCUGUUGGACUAGUAAUCAUUGCCUUAAUAACAGACCAUUGCUGUCAACUUAUAAUUAAAUGCAAAAAUGCCGCUGUGGAUAUGAUUCUUAACUCAACUCCAAGAUACCAAGAACUCCGAACAGAAGCUUUGUAUGAGGAGAUGGAAAAAGUCAAGGAGACUAUUGAAAAGGAAAUGACACUUGGUGACAUUGGAAAAAUUGCAGUUGGACCAUGGGGAUUGAGACUUGUCAACACAGCAUUAAUAAUCACACAGUUAGGGUUCUGCGUUGCUUAUUUCAUCUUUAUUGGAAGUACCAUAGGAGAAAUGUUUCCUCUCAAAUACAAAUCUGAGACUGUGUCAGUUGUAAAUGCAACAUUGUCUGAACCAACUAGUGCUACAAGAAUGACCCACUACUCAACGAUAGGGAUGAACUCCUCUUCAGUGAUACCUCCACUCCAUAGCACUAAGACAGCACCUCAAUUUUUCCUCCUUGUAUUAAUUCCUUUCCCUUUCCUUGUUGCAAUGGCCUUUGUGAAGAGCAUUCGUAAACUUGGACCAAUCAGCGGUGUUGCUAAUGUGACACUACUCGCUGGUUUUUUUGGGCUUCUUGCAUUUCUGUUGAGGGGUUUGAAGUUUAAUCUGAAAGAUGUCAGCUAUGCCAGACUGUCCACCUUCCCAGUCUUCUUUGGACAGCUGACGGGAGCUUAUGAGGGGAUAGGAACUGUAAUACCUAUUGAAUCCAGCAUGGCGGAGAACCGGCCUCGUUUCCCCCUGUACCUUCACAUUGCACUAGCACAAGUCUCUUUCAUUCUUGGUUCAUUUGGAAUACUUGGUUACAUGAUCUAUGGCAGCACUGUUCCACAGAUUGUAACAGAUAAGCUGCAGACAGGGAUCGUGGCACAGUUAGUGCGGCUCACACUUAUCAUAGCUGUUAUGAUGACCUAUCCUCUCCAACUCUACCCAGUUAUCGAAAUUGCGGAGUCUGUUUUAUUCACUAAGAUCCAUUCCAAAAGUAAAUCUCACCUUGGUGCAGUUAUUGCAGGUCCAAGUAUGGAUCCAGAUAGCAAUCCAGUUUCUCCUGUGGACUCUAAUAGCAUUGACUCUCACCAUCCUGUGUCAAACUCACCAGAUGAUUUGUCCACCAGUGUAAAUUCGGAGACUCAAGUUCUUAUUCCAAAGGAGACAGAGGAACUUCAGUUUAAGGCAGCAACUUGGAAGAGGAAUUUACUUCGUGCAGUGCUAGUAACUAUUACAGCAGGGAUAGCCAUUGCACUCAAGAAUGAAUUUGCCUAUGUGACUGCUCUGAUUGGUUCAUUAGGAAGCUCAGUGUUGGCUUACAUUCUACCAUGCAUAUUUCACAUCAUCCUGUACAAAAACACCAAUUCUGUAGCUGUAGUUAUAAAGGACAUUAUUAUUGUGGUAUUUGGUAUAGUUGGUGGAGUUGUGGGUGUGGUCAUUACUAUUCAAAAUAUAGUCAAGGAUUUAUCUUAGUAAACUGAAACUUGCCUUUCAUCAUCCAGGCCACUGGUCUUACAAAUUUAGACACCAACAUUUUACUGGUGGCCAGGGCAACCAAAAUAGUAGCAGCUAGAAGUGUUGUAAAAAUGAGAUAAACAAUUUUAUACCACAAUUCUUUUUUUUUUUGUAUUGUUUUCACCAAAAAUUUUCUCUUGUCAGAAUAUUAAGUGUUAAGAUUUCCCUUGAAACAGCAAAUAAAUUUUUUUUUUGGGCAACUGAAAUUUAAUUUCUGAUGACUUAAUGACUGAAGGUCAACAAAUAGCAACUUUGAAAAGGGCCUGGAUUGAAAACCUGCUGUGUAACUCAUAUUGUUCUGAAAGUUGGAAAAAUGUGAAUGUAGGAAUGUUUCAGAGUGUUUCAAAAGAAACAAGCCAUGCAGAUGCUAGAAAACUGUUCCUAACUGAUAGGAACUGUCUUAAGUGUGUGCUUUUGUGGUUUGCCCAUGUCUCCCAAUCUUCAGUGUGAUUGACCAAAACACUUUUAACUUUCCCAAAAUAUUUCAGACGUUCAUGGUUUUUAUAUGCUGAACAGUAAUAACCAACAUUUUAGUUAACUUUUUAACUCCCAGGUCAAAUUUGUAAUUCUCCUUCCUGUCAACCAUACAAUUCUUAUAAUGUUAGUUCAGAGAAGUUAUCAUUGGAUCAACUAAUUAUCCUCAAAUUGAUAUUUUUCAUUAUUCCCAUCACUUAUCUGGUUGAUAUUGUAUUGAUAUUGUAAGGAGAAAUUAUGUCUUGGUCACUCAUGGGAGUUAAAGGGUUAAUGGUGAGUCCCUCAGUUUCCUUCUUGUUGGAUAAAAUAAACAAAAAUGGCUCAAAAUGAGGAGAAUGAUAAUUUUUUAUUUAAUUUAAUUACACUAAUGAUUACAAUGGAAAUUUGGAUAGGAACUAAAACAGAAUAUUUGACUAAAGGAGAUUGGCACACAAGUGUUAAAAUGAUCUACACUAAUUUGCAAAUGUUAUUGACAAGAUUCAUUAAAGAUUUUAUACUUUCAA